CCACGAUUAUCAAGCACCGGCACCGCACAACACCAGCCCUCAGGAUCUAUCGCGAUCCUUCUACACGCUUCGAGUCAGCCAGAACAAACCAACAAAUGUGCGGAGUCAAGAACCAGUUUUCCCUUUCUUCCUCCGCAGAACCACCCACCUCCACCCCCAACACGUCCGCCGCCCAACGACACACCCACGGUUUGCAGUCGCCACGGUGAACAGGCUCCUGCCUGAGUCCGCUCUCCUCACUCCCUCGCCAUAUAGACAUCCUCAGAACCACCACUUCCACUGGCGCCGCCCGUGCCGCUCGCCCCCAUGAAUUUCCACCCGACAUACCCAACGCCCCCGCCGGGCUACAUGCCUUACGACUACAUUCGAACGCCGCCUGUGUCUCCGUCGCCGGGGGCACACGGCUACUACUCGCCUCGAUACGCCGCCAACACCGCGACACCGUCGCCUCGAGGCUCUCCAAAGACACACGCGCGACGAUCCAGCCAGCAGGAGCCGCCAGCGUACGCCUAUACUUCUUCUCGUGGUGCGCCUCAGUACUUCCAGGGCUACUCGUCGCCGCGAUACUUUGCCUCGCAGCAAUCGACGCCUCAGCGCAACCCCGACUAUGUAAGUAAUUUCGACUAUACUCGAACCAAAAGUCGGCAUUACCGCGAUAUGGACGGCUUGCCCUCAAUGCACCGAUCCUCGCGCGAAUCCAAACGCCGUCCCUCGCACUCGCGAUACGCGCACACGACGCAAGUCUUCGACGAUGGCUACGCCUACGUCUACGACAGCAACGUCUACGACACCCCUCCGCCUCCGUACGAACCGUACGCACGAUAUCAGAGCUACGGGCGCAAUACUGAUCACUAUUAUCACGAUCAGGUCCCAAUCUACACCGAGGCAGAGCCCACAUCUCGCUCCCGACCCCGUCGCGCGUCCCACUCAAGCCGACCUCAGCCACCCACCCCGAAGCGUCCAUCGACUGCGAAGGCGACUCCACGGGCAACUGAAGAGGACGCGCGUCGAGCGGGAAUUCCAGCUGGCUACUCGUACAAGAACUGGGAUCCGACCGAAGAGCCUAUCAUGCUGCUAGGCAGCGUUUUCGACGCAAACUCCCUAGGCAAGUGGAUCUAUGACUGGACUGUCUUCCACCACGGGCCUAGCACACCUCUCUCUGAAAUUGCCGGCGAGCUCUGGCUCCUCCUCAUUCAACUAGCCGGCAAGGUCAAGCGCGCGGAAGAGUGCAUGACUAAGAUCCGCAAGACCGAGAGCCGCGAAAUGGUGGAAGACUUCCUCGAGAGUGGCGAACGCCUCUGGAUCCGGUUCGCCAAGCUGCUCAAAGUGUGCGAAGACUACAUGUGGAAGGCGGCUAAGAAGGAGACCGGCGACAAGAAGCCCGUGACCAUGGGCAAGAACAGCGGCUGCGAGUUCGUCGACUCCAUCUUCGGGCGCGAUCGCGAGCUCGAGAAGACCGAAAAACUCAUGACCGGCAUGCGCCUCUGGAGCAUGCGCUUCGACGCCAACUGCGACGAUAUCCUCCGCUACCCCUCGGCCUAG